GCCUGCCUUGGGGCGUCCGUCUGUAUUGCUUAUUUUUGCCUGAGGGGCCUUCAUUCCUCCGUCGCUCCCUGACUCCCGUGGUGUCGAGGGGGAAUCCCUGCGGACCCCUGGGCACGCAGCGGAGAUGCCUCUUUUUGCCACCAAUCCCUUCGAUCAAGAUGUUGAGAAAGCAACCAGUGAGAUGAAUACUGCUGAGGAUUGGGGCCUCAUUUUGGAUAUUUGUGAUAAAGUCGGUCAAUCUCGAACUGGACCCAAAGAUUGUCUUCGGUCUGUUAUGAGGAGGGUGAACCAUAAAGAUCCUCAUGUUGCUAUGCAAGCUCUGACUCUUCUAGGAGCAUGUGUAUCAAACUGUGGCAAAAUAUUUCAUUUAGAAGUAUGUUCAAGAGAUUUUGCUAGUGAAGUAAGCAACGUACUAAACAAGGGUCACCCUAAAGUCUGUGAAAAGUUAAAGGCUCUUAUGGUUGAAUGGACAGAUGAAUUUAAGAAUGAUCCACAGCUUAGUCUAAUAUCAGCAAUGAUUAAGAACCUUAAGGAACAAGGAGUUACGUUUCCAGCUAUUGGCUCUCAGGCUGCAGAACAAGCAAAAGCAAGCCCAGCCUUGGUUGCCAAAGAUCCUGGUACUGUGGCUAACAAAAAAGAAGAAGAAGAUUUAGCAAAAGCUAUUGAGUUGUCUUUGAAGGAACAAAGGCAGCAGUCAACCACCCUUUCUACUUUAUACCCAAGCACAUCCAAUCUCUUAACUAACCACCAACAUGAAGGCCGAAAAGUUCGUGCCAUAUAUGACUUUGAAGCUGCUGAAGAUAAUGAACUUACUUUUAAAGCUGGAGAAAUAAUUACAGUUCUUGAUGACAGUGAUCCCAACUGGUGGAAAGGUGAAACCCAUCAAGGCAUGGGGCUAUUUCCCUCUAAUUUUGUAACUGCUGAUCUUACUGCUGAACCAGAAAUGAUUAAAACGGAGAAGAAGAUGGUACAAUUUAGUGAUGAUGUUCAAGUGGAAACAAUAGAGCCGGAACCAGAGCAAGCCUUUAUUGAUGAAGACAAAAUGGACCAACUGCUACAGAUGUUGCAAAGUACAGAUCCCAGUGAUGAUCAACCAGAUCUUCCAGAGUUACUUCAUCUUGAAGCAAUUUGUCACCAGAUGGGACCUCUCAUUGAUGAAAAGCUGGAAGAUAUUGAUAGAAAACAUUCAGAACUCUCAGAACUUAAUGUUAAAGUGAUGGAAGCACUUUCACUGUAUACGAAGUUAAUGAAUGAAGAUCCAAUGUAUUCCAUGUAUGCGAAAUUACAGAAUCAGCAGUAUUACAUGCAGUCAUCUGGUGUUUCUGGUUCUCAGGUAUAUCCAGGGCCUCCCCAAAGUGGUACUUACCUGGUUGCAGGGAGUGCACAGAUGAGCCAUCUCCAGAGCUACAGUCUUCCCCCAGAGCAACUGUCUUCUCUCAGCCAAGGAGCAGUUCCAGCAUCUGUAAACCCAGCCCUUCCCAGUCAGCAGACUCAGGCGUCCUACCCUAACACAAUGGUCAGUUCUGUUCAAGGAAAUACAUACCCCAACCAGGCUUCAGUAUAUAGUCCUCCUCCUGCUGCUGCUGCUGCUACUGCUGAUGUCACUAUAUACCAGAAUGCAGGAACUAAUAUGUCCCAGGUGCCAAACUAUAAUUUAACAUCAUCAACACUGCCUCAGCCAGGAGGCAGUCAACAGCCACCUCAGCCACAGCAACCAUAUUCUCAGAAGGCUCUGCUAUAGGACUUGGAAUUCCUCUUUGUGGCAAAUAUCUGCUAAAUGCCGCUGACAAUGUUGUGAGAGUCUUUAAUAUCAUAAGGUUUGUUUAUCCUCAGCUUCUAGGAAUCUAUCUUGGUCUACAGGUUCAAAUACUCAAGAAGGUAGAACUCUCUUCAAUUUGCACUGACUUUUUAGAGGUUCUCCUUUCCCCCCUCCCCUAGAGGAAUGAAACUACUUACAACAUUUAAUUCCUUUCAUAAUAUGAAAGAAUUGAUACAAGAUAAUUUGUCUCAUGAAAUUGCCUGGUCUGCAAAAAGUCAAACUUACAAAAACUGUUGUGGCAAAUGUUAUGUACAUAUAUUGCUGUGUAACUUCAUUAGUGGCCAUUUUGAAUCACAGUGGUGAUCAUGUGAAUAUAUUUAACACUGUUAAAUUAAUUUACAUUGCUAUUUUAUUUUAAUCAUGAACAACUACCAUGUUUCAUAAUGUUUUGUGUAAAUUUAAGAUAAUUACACUAUCCCUUUAAACUGCAAGAGAACAAAGCUGUAGCAUAUUUACAUGAAGGCAUUAUGUUGUCCAUGUUUCAGUUUCACAUUAAACUGAACCUUCCUUUGACUAAUUGUGAGCUAAACAUACGUAUUUUAUGUCUUUUUGUAGCCUCUGCAUACUACUAGCUGUCAUCACACCAGCGUACAGUAGCUAAAUUUUUGGUUCAAUUAUAGCAAAUGAUGAUGUUCCCUUUCAAAUUUUUACAUUUGGCAUGAUAUUUCAGAAUAGUGUGGGACCAUGAGACAAAAUUAAGUAGGAUCACAUUCUUUAUAUCUUAUUUUUAAAGGAAUAAUGUUGGUUUUCUUUUUCCUAGUUGAAGAUAGUUAAUUAGAUUUCUAAGCUGUAUACUUGUGUUUAUUGGUGGCAGUGACACCAAAGAUAGAGGCAAUGGAUAGAAAUUUUUAAACUGGAAAGAAAACAUGAAUUACACUACACUUUCAAAGUCUCUUGUAAUUAUUUAGGAUAUAAACAAAAUUUGAUUCAUCUGUCUUUUCCCACUAUUAGUCUUUUAAAUAUGUCUUUAACACAUUGUAUCCUUUAAUUGUUCAUUAAAAUGGAUAUAAGUAGAUGUUUCAAA